AUGGCCCAGGCUGCCGCGCUCGCCGAGGUGACCCAGGCGCUGUGCGCUGCCGGCGGCGCCCUGGAGCUGCGGGAGCUGCGGCGCCGCUUGCGGGACGGCGGCGGCGGCGUCGGGGCGGACGCGCUGGAGCGGCUCCUGCGGGAGUCCGGCCGCUUCGAGGUGGUGACGCGGGCGGACGCAGGCGGCGCGGCCGCCGGCCCCGAGCGGGUGGUGCUGGCCGUGUCCGCGCUGCGCCUGUGCCGCGGCCACCAGGGCCUCAAGCCCACCUGCGCCGGGCUGUGCGGGGAGCUGCACCUGUGCAAGUUCAUGGUCCUGGGCGCCUGCAAGUUCCUCAAAACCGGGAAGAACUGUAGAAACAGUCACACCUUGACAACCCAGCAUAAUCUGAGUGUGCUAAAAACCCAUGGUGUUGAUCAUCUCAGCUAUAAUGAACUCUGCCAGCUCUUGUUCCAGAAUGACCCUUGGCUUUUACCAGAGAUCUGCCUUCACUACAACAAAGGAGAUGGACACCAUGGCUCGUGUUCCUUUAGAAAGCAGUGUGCCAAACUCCAUGUCUGCCAGUAUUUUGUACAGGGUGAAUGCAAGUUUGGCACAGGCUGUAAGAGAUCCCAUGAUUUCUCUAAUUCUGAAAAUGUGGAAAAACUGCAGAAGUUGGGCAUAAGCUCAGAUCUGGUGAGCAGGAUGCCUUCCAUUUAUAGAAAUGCUCAUGACAUCAAGAAUAAGAGCUCUGCCCCUGUCCUAAAGGCGACUUCUGAAAGAAGAGACAGUUCGGGUUCUGUGUCCUCAACAACUACUAACCAAGAGGAGAGUGAACAGAUCUGCUUGUACCAUAUCCGGAAAAGUUGUAGCUUUCAAGAUAAAUGCAAUAGAGUUCAUUUCCAUUUGCCAUAUCGAUGGCAAUUCUUGGAUGGAGGCAAGUGGAAGGAUUUGGACAAAAUGGAGCUUAUUGAAGAGGCAUAUAGCAAUCCCAAUAAAAACAGGAUCUUAUGUGCUGACUUGGUCAGUAUCUUUCACUCUGAUUAUCUGAACUUUGAGUCUAUGAGGUUCGGCAGUGCCCGGGUUCGGCGCCUUUCCACAGCCUCUUCUGUCACCAAACCUCCACACUUCAUUUUCACCACCGAGUGGCUUUGGUACUGGACUGAUGACUUUGGUUCUUGGCAGGAAUAUGGAAAACAAGGCAUGGAGCACCCCACGACCACCGUUAGCAGCAGCGAUUUGGAGAAGGCCUACUUGGCAUACUGCGCACCAGGAUCUGACACUCAGGCAGCUAUUCUCAACUUCCAGGCUGGAAAGCAUAAAUAUGAGUUAGACUUCAGAGUCUUUAUUCAGAGAAACCUGGUCUUUGGUACAUUCAGGAAGGUUUGUCGGAGACCCAAAUACGUGUCUCCUCAGGAUGUAAAGACGAAGCAAACCAGCAAUGUCAAAUUUCAAGGCCCAAAGAGCAUCCCAGACCAUUGGGAUCCCUCAGCCCUGCCAGACCCCGGCUUUAAGCGGAUCACCCUCAGUUCUUUCUCAGAAGAAUAUCAGAAGGUUUUCAAUCUUUUUAACAAAACACUGCCCUGCUACUAUGUUCAGAAGAUCGAGCGAGUCCAGAACCUGGGUCUCUGGGAAGUCUACCAGUGGCAAAAAGGGCAGAUGCAGAAGAGAAGUGAAGGGAAGGUGGUGGAUGAGAGGCAGCUGUUCCAUGGCACCAGCACGAAUUUCGUUGAUGCCAUUUGCCAGCAGAAUUUUGAUUGGAGGGUCUGUGGUCUUCAUGGCACUUCCUAUGGCAAAGGGAGCUACUUUGCCCGAGAUGCUGCAUAUUCCCACCACUACAGCAAACCUGAUUCGAACUGCUACACAAUGUUCCUGGCUCGGGUGCUGGUGGGCGAGUUCACCCGAGGCGAUACUUCCUUAGUCCGCCCCCCAGUCAAGGAGGGCCAGAGCAACGUUUUCUACGACAGCUGUGUGAACAGCAUGUCAGACCCUUCUAUCUUCGUGAUCUUUGAGAAGCACCAGGUCUAUCCAGAGUACAUCAUCCAGUACACCACCAGCAAGCCUCAGGCUGGGGCCUCCUCUCUGUUGUCUCUGGCAUCCUUUUUUGGUAUCCGGCAGUAA